AUGCAUGCAAAGCUUGCACAUGUGGGGCAUCUUUCAAGUUUCAUUGUUGAAAUCAAGAAAUUUGGGUCAAAUAAUGACUUAUCAUUAAAAGAGAUCAGGGAAGGAGAACGCUUUAAUUUGAUUGUCAAGGUUCUUCAUAUUUCUGAGGUUAUAAAAGAUGAAUGGAUGCUCUUUGUUUGGGAUGGAACUGACGCUCCACCCCUUCCUAUUGAAACUAAGCUAGAAGAUGAGACAGAAAACCCACUUCCUUUACAGUUGGAACCCUGUCCCGUGUCGAGGGAUAUUCUGUGUACAUUUCCAGCUGUUGGAACUGUCUUAAGGGUUAUUGUUGAUCAAGGUGAUGAAAAGCUUGGCCUGCACUUAGUAAAAGCUGGUAGAUGGGUGAAACUCAGUAACAUAAAAUGUGAAGUUCGUGAUGGAUUGUGGCGGGGUGUGCUGAUGCCCUUCACUAAGCUCCGAUAUCUGCCUGAUGACGAUGACCUCAUAAUACACUGUCAAAGAAUUUAUGAUGAGCGAGUAGCAUCAAAAUGGAGAAGGAUGCCAUUGUUGAGCUUUCCUUGGCCUUCUUAUAUUACAGAGACCGGGUAUCCUGAUGUACCUUUUGUUACUUUAAUGAAUGUUCUCAACUAUACAGAGGUAUUACAUUUGUUCUCUACUUCCAUAUGAAUCCUUUGCUUUGUCGUUUCCUUUUUUAUUAUCCAACUAUAGUAAGAGAGGAAAGAUAGUUGUGGAUUUUCACUUUAGCCUUUUAGCGGUGCUUGAAUGUUACUCCAACAAUUAUGAUAAUUAUAAUUGUGCUUUUGUGCACCAUGAGGUAUAUCAUGCAUAGUGCACCAAAUGAUUGUUAGUUUGUAGUUCUUUUUUCAGUCAAGGUCUCUCAUAUUUUGGACUUCAUGAAAAUAUGCCUUUUGUCUAUUUAAAGAAACUUUUCCUUGCUUCAAUUUUUUGUUAGCCUUUUUUUUAUAUUGAAAACAUGUAGCUUUAAUUGUUCAGGAAAUAAAUUACAAGAAAGAAAUGGAGGUUGUGUCAUUAGUUGCUGGUGAUGGUAAUGGUGGUUGUGCACUCGUGAGUGGUGGAAGUGACUUGCUGGCACUGAUAAAAAUCAUGACAAUGUUUAGUAUUUAUUUUAACCAUGUUUUUUUUAGCUGGCUUAUGAGAAAUUACUUGAAAAUCAUACUACCAUAAAGAACUUGGUAUGUAUUGAAUGAAUAUUCGCUGCUAUAUGGUUUGCUAACUCAUUCAUCUGGGUUUGGCUAUCCUGUUAUUUAUGAAUCCUUUCCUUUGUCUUUUCUUCCUUUUUUUUUUGACCAAUUAUAGCGAUAGAGGAAAGAUAGAUGUUGAUGUUUAUUUUAGUCUUUUAAAGUUGCUUAUAUGUUGCUCCAUUCCUGAUGAUCCAACCACCAUUGAGCUGUUGUUCGUGGUCGAAAUGAGCCGCUGAUGUUGUUGCUUGAAUAAAUUGAUCAUUGUCCAAGAGUUGUUAUGGGUGAUCGAAUGAACAGUGGAGUGAAGGGUCCGAUUCAAUCAGAUUCUCCUUUCGAUUCAAACCAGUUCAACAACAUUCAAACCAGUUCACACUUAAACAGGUCCGAUUUUACCCAACCCAAACCGGUUCGACAUCUUCCAGACCGGUUCAGAGUUUGUUUUAUUCGGUUCUACUAUUCUGCUAUUUUGUUUCUGUUACAUGGUUCUGGUAUUAUGGACAAAAAUAAGUCCUCCUUCCAGUGGUGUUGGAUCUGUUAUGAGUCAUGACUUUACUUGUUUAUCAAUUAUCUCUGUUAAUUUGAAUGGCAAUAACUACGUGCCCUGCUCUCGUUCCGUUGAAGUGUUUUUAACUGCAAAAAAUAAAGUUGAAUAUCUUGGAUAAGCUUGGUGAAUCUGAUUCAAAGCUUAAACAGUUGACCGUAGAUAAUGCAUAAGUGAUAACUUUAUUAUGGAAUAACCUUGGAUUUGUAAACCCCCACACUUUUAUUUUAAUAAGUAGCAAGUAAAUAUAUGAAAUAUUUUGUAAUCGAACUUCUACCAACUAUGCUUGAUGUCCAAAUGUAUGUUGUAUAAGUUUGGGUUGGUUUUGGAAGGGUUUGGAAUGGAUUAGAAAUGAAAAAAAAGGGAAACAGGCAAAAUUGAACAGACCGUACCGGUACUGCGUACCGAUACACCCGGAAGUUACCGUACCGAUACGCUAUUGUCCAGAGAGUUUACCGUACCGGUAUGCUCUGUAAGUUUCAGAAAUUUUAAGUUGCGAUUUGGGGUCCACUUUUUACCCAAUAAAUACAUAAUGACGCCUCUAUUAGUCUCAUUUCAACAUUUUUAUCCCUAGAAAGUCCUAGAGAGGAAGAAAGGAGGAGAAAAACAAGAGAUUAAGAGUGGACUCAAGUUGGAGAAAGAUCAAAUCUCAAGUUCUUCACACAAAACCAAGGAAGAAGAAGGUAGGGAUUUUCUUCCCUUCUUGUU